AUGUUAUUAACAUCAGGUUGGUCAUUACCAUCAUCUUCUAUCGAAGAUUCAUCUUUAUUGGAUGAUAUAAUGUUAUCGACUGCAACUACAUCAAGUCAACAUCAACCAAAUUUUUGGUUUCCUGGUAGUCCACUUCCUUCAUUUUUUUCCUCAUCAUCUUCAUCAACAACUGGAGGGCCAGAUAAAAUCUCUUAUACUCAACAACCAACAACAAAUAAAAUUCUUUUUGAUUCAAGUGCAUGUAGUUCAAGUUCAGGAAGUUCACCGCCUUUAUCUAACGAUUUUCUUCUUACACGUUCAAAUCCAACACAAUUACCAACAUCACAAACAGCAGCAACAUUAAAUUUAACACAAUUUAAUUAUAUCCAACAAAAUCAUCAUCAUCAUCAUCCAUCUGUUGUAACAUCAACAUCAAAUAAUUUUCUUCCUCGUGAUGAUUGGUCACAUAUACCUAUAGCACAAACAACAACUUCGAACACCUCCGCAUGGAAUACACAACAUUCAACGAAAGGUGUUCCUCUUGAUAAUUCUCAAGUAACAAAUUAUUCCAGUAUGAUGGCUGGUAAUGAAUCAACAAAAGACAUGAAACGUAAAAGUAGUCGACCAACAUUUACUGGACAUCAAAUAUUUGCAUUAGAAAAAAUGUUUGAAAAUACGAAAUAUUUAGCUGGAACAGAGAGAUCAAGACUUGCUUGUCAAUUAGCUAUGAGUGAAGCACAAGUGAAAGUUUGGUUUCAAAAUAGACGUACAAAAUGGCGAAAGAAACAUGCUGCUGAAAUUCAUGGCCCAUCCGGUAAACGAAAUAAACAACAAAGAAAUGAUGGAUUAAUUCCUUCGAUUGAAUCAGAUUCAAAUUCAACAUGA